CGCCUACUUAAUGGCUUCACCAACUACAGCAUUGUGUAAAUAGCACAACAAAAAUGACUGCAAUUUCAUAAAUGUAAUGCGCCAAAUUUGACUAACCCUUAAAGGCUAAUCAAUGCUCUUUUCCUCUUUUUUGCCCUUUGGCGCUCCACACACUCUCUCUCUAAGAAUUAUCCUAAUCCCCAGGCCAUAUUCAGGUGCUCGAAGAUCUGGAAAACGGUAGCCAUGGAGAUAACAAUCCCAUCACUCUUUGCAGAUCCCCAAAUGUCUGCGCACACCCAGAAUCCCUUAUUUCAAUUUCGGGCUUCAAAAAGCCCCAAUCUUUGUUGAUUUGAGGUUCGAUUCACCUAUCUCGCUACUUAACUCACCUCAAUAAGUUCAAUUGUUGGUAGGAUACUUGUUGUUUCAAUUUCGGGCUUGAGAAGUCCCAAUCUUUGUUGAUUCGAGGUUCGAUUUACCUACCUACUCCCUUGACCCACCUCAAGAAGUUCGAAUUUCGGUUUGGUAAGUGUUCUGCAACCGAUCGGUAGUGGAAUUUUUGGGUGAAAUAAAUUUUGGGUUUUAAGUACCGUUUACCUACCAUGGAUGACGAUGAUUUCAUGGAGGUGAACCUAACGGGUCUCGAUUUGAACCAAGAACCGUCCAAUCAGCCCUUGCACCGGGUCCCCAGAUACGGGUCUCUUCUGAACGAGCUCGAAACUGCCCACGACCAGAUAGAGGAGAGAAUUCGCCAGCUGGAGGCUGUCACUGCCCGAGCCAGACAGCGCCAGAGGUGGCGACAGUCGAGAAACUCCACGGAGAUUAGCGGGCCCACGGCUGAUCUGAGCCCCAGAAGCCUCGUCCCUAACAACAAUGGCGGCCCGUCAGGAAGUAGCACCCCAGGAAAAGGUUGCAAAAGGGACAGCUCUCAUCUGGUGGCUAAAGCUCUCGAAAUGGAUGUAGACGUGAAGAAGUCCGAUAAAGAAGGUGGAAGCUUUUACGACUGCAGUAUAUGCCUGGACUUAGCUCAAGAGCCCGUCCUCACGUGCUGUGGCCAUUUAUUCUGCUGGCCGUGUUUCUACCAAGUGUCGAGUGUAGAUUCGUCGGAUUCUAAAGAAUGCCCCGUCUGUAAAGGGGAAGUAUCAGACACCACCGUAAUCCCGAUUUAUGGCAAUGGAGACGGUGAAAAUGUCUGCGUGACUGAAUCGGGCCUGCAGAUACCUCCGAGGCCCAAGGCCCGUCGGGUGGAGAGCGUGAGGCAACAGCGGGUAACUCAGGGCUUAUCUCACGUGCCAGUUGCUGAGGCGCUUAGAAGGAUUAGGAUUAGUAUUGGUGCAAUGGGGAGUCACACGGCCCAGCAGCAAGCGGGUGGUGGGGACCACCGGAUAAGAAUCCAUCAAGUCUCUCGAGUUUUAUCAGAAAGUGCCGCAUCUCUGUCUUCACUGUCUUCAGCUCUCAGUAAUGCGGAGAGGUUAGUGGAAGACCUCGAGUCGGUUAUUAAUAACCGGGUUUUGAGAGGCGAGGCAUCUGUUGAUGCCGGUAUUCUUGCUGCUAGGCCUGAUGGGAGGAUGGGUGAUGUGGGUCCACCACCCGCUUCGUCUUCUUCUUCUUCGGGUGCUGUUGUUCGGAGAAGGAGCAUUGUGUUCCCUCGGGAUCCUCGCGAACCUAGAAGAAGAAGGUUGAACUGAAAUGGGGUUCGAGGAAGAGAAGGUAAUCUGUUUUAAAUUCGGGAACUCUUGUUUAUUUUCUGUUGCGUGUGUUGAUUUGCGAUUUUUAGUGUUUCUAAGCUUUUCAUGUUGGUCGCUAGAUUUGUUGUAUGAGACGAUAUUCUUUGAGAGACAAAAAGAUAUACAAAUCAUGUUGCUUGUUAUGUUAUGUGACCCUGUCAGCCUUGGUGUGUUCAUUUUACGUUUGGGAUGUGUAUGAUGUGGUAAGUGCUGACUUUUUUAUUUUAUUCUUAAUUAAAUGUGUGGGUAUGGAUGCUAGGUAUGAUUUGGUGGGGUUUGUGUUGUGUACGGUUAUGAAAGUUGUUUGGCCUAGUUACAUUUUUCGGAUUGCUUCCUUUUUAUUUGUCUUUGUGAUCUUGUGUAAGUAACAUAAUUCUCGUUUCUUGUGUUACGAGGAUUGUGUUGUUUGGAUUUUGUGGUUAGUGGCUUUUACUGGUUUGAUUUUGGAGAUUGACCAUGAUAGAGCAAACUGUGAAGUUUUGGAGAAUACAGCGUUGACACUUAGAUAUGUAUGGAAUAAAGGGUCUAAUUUCUCUUGGGUUAUUUUGAUUCUUGUACUCAACUUGCAUCUGUACAUUCUUUCGGUAUGCCAUUGAUAACUCGUGUACGAAUUACAAUGAUUUUCUACUUUAACAACAGAUGUCUCGAAAAAUAUGUUUGUUCUGUUUUGUCUGGGUGGACCUUGUUUUGAAAGGAUGUUUAGG